AUAUUUAUAAAAGUAAAAUAAAUCUUGAGAAUCUUAAAUAUUAAAAAACAAUCUCAAACAUAGCAUGCAUUUACGAUGUAUAUAUUUAUAGUUUAUUUAAAUCAAAUUAGUGACGCUCCACAGUAUAGCACACAGUUGUUUAUAUGAUCCUUUGUGUCUUGUAUAUAUGUGUAGUGUAAAUAAGUAACUUAGGAUAACGCGCUUGUAUAUCGAUAUAUAGACCGAUGGCUGUAUAAUAACAUUAAACAAUCGAAGAGUUUUCAGUUAAGUACGGAAGGUUAACGAAGCGUGAGUGUAAGAAAAAACAGGUUAUUUGUGAUUGUUGAUUUAAACUGUGCAUUUAUAAUUUUUAAUAUUGUUAAAAUAAUAUAAAUAAUAGAAAUUUUUAAUAUCAAUUUAAACUUCUAAGAGUAUAAUAAUUAUAUAUUACAUAUAUGUGUUUAAUUGACUACGACGUCCCAUUAUAAUAGUGUAGCACACAGUUGCUUCUUAUUCUGCGACACCCUGUGUCAUUUAUAUACAUGUGUACUGUGAAGAAACUAAGUAUUACGUAUUGGUAUAUCGAUGGAUGGUGGUUUUCAUACCAAACAAAAGACGAUAGUUUUAAGUUAAGUACGGAAGGCAAACGUUACGCGAGUGCAAGUUAAAGCAGGUUACUUGUGAUUGUUAGUUUAAAUUAUUUUUAUUUUAUAAUAUACUGUUAAAAUAAAUUUAAUACUAAGAAUCUUUAAUAUUAAAUGAAAUUCUCGAAGAAAAUAAUUUAAUUUUUUAAAGGUGAUACCAGCAUUAGUGAUUGAAAAUGACUGAAGACAAGAAACUAUCGCGAUUUUACUUGGUAUUAUUUUCCAAAACCAAAGAAGACGGAAAAGUUGAAGAGAUCGAUAUUGUCCCGGCUAAUUGGAUUUUCUUUGGCAAGAAUAACAGUUGUCGUUGUAAAUUUAUGCCUGGUCCAUUUGAUCAGUCGAAUUACAGCAAGCUUCAAGCGAUGGUUAAAAAUUGUGCUAAGCCUUCCUCUAAAUGGCCUGAUUAUAAUGUUGAAAUACGCGGAAGAGCAAAUUCAUAUGAAGAAGCUGAAGAACGUUUGAAAAUAUUAAACAAAGAGUUGUAUGCUUUUACGACUGAGAACGAAGAUUCCGCUAAACUACAGGCCUCGAAAGAUCUUAAAUUAUUAAAAAUGAAGUCAAAUAAAAAAAAUAUCGACAAUUUACAAAAAGAAUUGAACACCUUUGAAGUAGAAUUUGAUGAUACAGAGCCCUCAGGGAGAAAAAAUUCUUCAUUGCAAUUAAAUGAUAAAAGAAAGGGGAAAAAAAAUGAUGGAUCAUUUGACCUGGAUAGUGAUGAUAAUAAUGACGUUUUUCGACAAUCAACCCAGGAUUUAUCACACGAAACUAGUGACUCUUCACCUCCAACCAGUCGAUCAAAAUUGCUGAAGCGGAAAAGAGUGUCACCGCGAAAUAAAUUCAACAAUAAGAAGUUGAAGUUACAUAAUUCUGCGAAGAACAGCAGUAACAGUAGUUUUAAUAGCAGUCUACACGAUGACUCAAAUUCGAAGCAAUCACUUACAACUAAGUCACCUACGCGAAGUUGUAAAAUUGAUAAGUUUAAAAAUUCGAUAAAGAAGACGCCUGUAACUUGUAAAGAUUCAAUAAAAAAUAUGGAUGUUAUUACAUUUUUCACGAGCAUAAGUAAACAAAUUAGCCAAUUGAACUCUACUGUUGUUCAAAUUACUGCUGAGUUUAAUCAACUAGCUAAUGACACGAAGGAGAUAAAAAACAUCUUAAAAAAGAAAUGUUUUGGCGACGGUGUUGAUGGUGAUGAUUCUGUUGGCGAUGAAAUUAAUGAACCGAAUAAUGUUGACGGAGAAAAUCAAAAUACUGGUAAAAAAAUAAAAAAAUUUGAUUUUCCCAUCGAUGAUAACGAUACUUUUAUUGAUUUUAAUAACCAACUUGAAUCUAGUCCUACUUAUCGUAAGCAAGUCAUAAAACGCAUGUCUCAACUAAUAAAUAAAAAUAAUCUUUUAAAUAAGAAUAUGACGACGUUAAUUAAAGUCUACAUUUCAAGAAAAUUAGCCAUUUUAUAUGUUCCAUCUAAAUCCGUCCUGACUAAACAGAAAAAACCAGUAUUUAAAAAUACUAAAUUUUACAAAUGCAUAGAAGAGGUUAUGCGACAAAAACUGAAAAAUUCUUCGGGAAAUGAUCUCACUGAUAAGGAUAUUUUGGAUGCAAUGUCAUUAACGAUUCGAAAUGCUCGAGACUGGGAUGGUCAUCGUUUACUGAGGCUGAAAAAACUUGAGGAACCUGCAGAUAAUGAAGUUGAUCAAUAAAUUUUAUUAAUAUCGUUUUUAUACUUAAACAAUAGUAAAUGAUUUUACUAUAUUAAAAGAUUCUACUGGUUAUAUAUGUACUAAGUAAUCUAAUGUUAUUAUUAUUAUUAUUAUUAUUAUUAU